UUACUAUUUUUUUGUAUUUUAUUUGAAUGAAAAUAAUUUUCAUAAGCUCAAAUGACAAAUUCUAUGUAGUAGUUGAUAUAUGCAAUAGCUACUAAACUCACAGACAAAUCCCAAUUUCACCGCUGCUUCAACUAAAUUCUAUUCAAACCCAUUCCCUACUCUUCUCCAUUCGAAACCACAACGUUGAGUUGUUUUGGUUUGGAGAAGGAAUUGUGUUCAAGUUUUUGAAGCAUGCACCAGAAACUAAAUGGCUCCUCAAACCACAUGGAAUCUGAUGCCAAUAGUACUGAAAAUUUACAGAGUACAAUUGGUAAUUCCCAGCCUUGGUGGGGUAGUGGUAUAGGUCACCAAGCCAUUUCUAAAGGCUUGUUUGGGGGAACCUCUAUGACUCUGUCUCCACCAAAGACUUUAAAUGGUGAUUUAGGGAUCCAAACCACCAAUUCUUCUCCUCAGGCCAAUCAGGGUAAGCCUGAUGAAGGAGAUCAUGGUCAUCACAGACAAGACUUGGUACAAUCAGAUGGAAAAUGUGAAGAAGAGCAGCAGGUUUCAUCUAUUUCGCCGCCGGUGAUGAAUGAGUAUCUUGCGCCGCAUACCCAGCUGGAGCUUUCCAGCCACUCAAUUGGUUGUGGAUCAUACUCAUAUUCUGAUCCGUAUUUUGGGGGAGUUGUGCCAUUUGGAUCUCAUACUUUGGUACAGGCUCACUGUCUUGGAAUGCCUUCAUCUAGAAUGGCCUUACCCCUUGACAUGGCAGAGGAACCUGUCUAUGUUAAUGCCAAGCAGUACCAUGGAAUUCUGAGGCGUAGACAGUCACGUGCCAAGGCUGAGCUCGAAAAGAAGCUUAUAAAAGUCCGCAAGCCCUAUCUUCAUGAGUCUCGCCAUCUACAUGCUAUGAGGAGGGCAAGAGGGACUGGAGGCCGUUUUCUGAACACAAAGAAGACUAAUCAUACAGCUCAUAACACCACACCUGACAUGAACACAACCACUUCUAGUGCUGCUACUUCAACAGAUCCAAUCAUCUCAUUGAGCACCAAACCCGUGUCAUCUGAUUCGUCCUCAGGUCAUUGCGAAUCAACCGAGCUUCAUAUGCAGAAAAUGCACCAAACUAAGACAUAUCAUCCCAAUGUCAAUGGCAACAGCUGCUACCUACCCCAUCAGGGGUUCCAGUUAUCUGCAUAUCAUUCACUCUCAGGUGAUCAUAGGAUAGAGGAAGGAGACUUAAUCUCCGGGCAGCAUAGGGAUCGAAUUAUGACAAACGGGACGUCACAUAGGGCCCUUACCAUCAAAUAAAGUUCCCCAAGGGAAAAGGGUUCACUCCAGAAUCACCAAUGGCUCAGGAAAUUACCUACUUUGGAAAAGGUUAAGGUAAAUUGCUAAGCUUACUUUGCUGGAAACCAUUUACUCAAUCACCCUAUGCUUUUCGUUGUCGAAUCCAUUCGAGGUCGUAAUGAUUAAGGAUUUUCAAGUUGGUGUAUUCUGGUUGUAAAAAGUUCUUUUCAGGCAAAUCAUUCUUGGCUUUUGGCUUAAAAAUUUGUUGUGUAUAUGGAGGGAGGUAGAGGAGAAGAGAACUUGAUCGGUCUUUGUUGUUUAUAGUCUUCAAUCACAUUUCUCUUAUUGCUUCCCAUUUAAACUUGCAAGUGAUUAACAUUGUGCAUUUUAUGUUAUGUAAUAAGAUAAAGCGAAGUAGGUUGUGCGUUCCUUGUAUGAAUUUUUUUCUCUUCUAAUUUUCUUUUUUAGUAUUA